GGUUCUGCCAACCUACUAAACUUAGAGCCAACCUCGUCUCUUUUUCUCUCUCUUGAGUCAGUGAAUGCAAAAGGAGAAAGAAAUCUCUCCCCAAAAACCCUUUUCUCCAUGAAAAGUUGUCAACAACUAGCUUUUAUCUGUUCUUCUGGCGUAACCAAAGCUUCAAGUUUUUCUCAAUUUCCCCGUCUAUCUAUUGACAACAUAAGCAUACAGUAAUAUAUAUAAACCUGUCAACUUUUUCUGGGUCAGACCCCUUCCUCUUGAUUUUUGCUCAGAUUUCAAAAUUCCAAUUUUUAUACUAUGAUCUCCUCUUUCAAGCAGUCCACUUUAGCACUCAAGGUUCCAGAUUUUCUCCUAUCAAGAUCUCCGGUGCAGGCACAGGCCGGCCACCUGCCGUUUCUUCCACAGAUAAAUAAUCGCCGGAACUUCAUCGUUUCUCUCUCUAAACCCCUCCACGUCGUUUCACCAGAAGCUUUCUCCACUUCUUUAAAGAAGUCUUUAAAACAUGAAAAGGUGCAAUCUUUGAUCUCGUGUAAAGCGUAUGAAGCCGACAAAUCGGAGCCGAUCAGCGAGUCGCCGUCGGUGAAAUCCGAGGCGGCGAGGAGACUGAAGAUCGGGAUUUAUUUUGCCACGUGGUGGGCUUUGAAUGUGAUCUUUAAUAUAUAUAACAAAAAAGUGUUGAAUGCUUUUCCAUUUCCAUGGUUAACUUCAACGCUUUCACUGGCUGCUGGAUCAUUGAUCAUGUUUAUUUCUUGGGCUCUGAGGAUCGCUGAAGCCCCAAAAACUGAUCUUGAUUUUUGGAAGACCCUUUUUCCUGUUGCUGUUGCACAUACUAUUGGUCAUGUUGCAGCUACUGUGAGUAUGUCAAAGGUGGCUGUAUCAUUUACUCACAUAAUCAAGAGCGGUGAGCCUGCUUUCAGUGUUUUGGUGUCGAGAUUUCUCUUGGGAGAGACAUUUUCACCGUCUGUUUACUUGUCGCUCGUUCCGAUCAUCGGUGGUUGUGGUCUCGCAGCCCUCACCGAGCUCAACUUCAACAUGACUGGUUUUAUGGGGGCCAUGAUAUCGAAUUUGGCAUUUGUUUUUCGGAACAUAUUUUCCAAGAAGGGCAUGAAGGGCAAGUCUGUUAGUGGAAUGAACUACUAUGCCUGCUUAUCUAUGCUCUCUCUCUUGAUUCUCACUCCAUUUGCAAUUGCUGUCGAAGGACCACAAAUGUGGGCUCUUGGAUUUAAAGAAUCACUAUCUCAAAUUGGACCCCAGAUUAUUUGGUGGAUGGCAGCCCAGAGUGUGUUCUACCACCUAUACAAUCAGGUGUCAUACAUGUCACUUGAUGAGAUUUCUCCCUUGACAUUUAGCAUUGGAAACACAAUGAAACGCAUUUCUGUCAUUGUCUCAUCUAUCAUCAUUUUCCAUACACCCGUACGACCCAUCAACGCUCUUGGAGCUGCCAUUGCAAUUCUAGGAACUUUCUUGUAUUCUCAGGCAAAGCAGUAAGAACUGGAACUCGGAAUUCAGCUUGGUUGAGUUGCAUGAACUGGACAGAAGUAGGUGUCAAGAUUCGUGCUGCUUGAAGAUCGAUAAAAGUUUGUACUGAGUGGAGCAUCGGCUUUACUUGUAGAUACCAAUAAUGAGUUAAAAAACUUGGAUCUUAUACAGAUUAAGUUUUGGUGGAUUUUAGUGUUUUAUGUUGUACCCCAAAGUUGAGGGAAGAACUGAGAAAUUGUACCAAUAAAUAAUGGCAACCUGACUGGUUUAUCAUUGCUUUCA